GCGAGGAGAAUCCGUGCCAGGGAAUCCAGCUCUCCGGACUCGAGCUGCAAACAAAAAGAUCAGUUCUUGCUCCCCCCCUCCGCCUCACGACGCUCACCCGAAGAAACAGUUUUCUGCAGAGAUGCAACAAGUAGCACCCGGAGCUCGCGGAGCGUCCUGCGCCGCCUGACUUGGCUGGGCGAAGCCCUCCUGCAGAGGCCCGGGCCAGCCACCGGACAAAGGGCGGAGGAGGGGCUGGACCGCGCAAAGGAGUCCCGAAAGAGGCCGUUUAGCGUCUCUGGCCAGGCCAAAGGGAAUGCAGAGGAGACACAGAGCCGGCGGGCCAAGAGGACGAUCCGGCAGCUGCACGCAGGGCGGGCGGCGAUGGAGGCUGCCCGCGCCGUGCGCUUCCUGCUCGUGGUGUGCGGCUGCCUCGCUCUCCCGCCGCGGGCCCAGCCCGUGUGCCCGGAGCGCUGUGACUGCCAGCACCCCCAGCACCUCCUGUGCACCAACAGGGGGCUCCGCGCCGUGCCCAAGACCAGCUCGCUGCCGAACCCCCAGGACGUGCUCACCUACAGCCUUGGCGGCAACUUCAUAACCAACAUCACGGCAUUCGACUUCCACCGCCUGGGACAGCUCAGACGGCUCGACCUGCAGUACAACCAGAUCCGCUCUCUGCACCCCAAGACCUUCGAGAAGCUCUCGCGACUGGAGGAGCUCUACCUGGGGAACAACCUCCUGCAGGCGCUCGCCCCGGGCACAUUGGCCCCGCUCCGCAAGCUGCGCAUCCUCUACGCCAACGGGAACGAAAUCGGCCGCCUGAGCCGUGGCUCUUUCGAGGGCCUGGAGAGUCUGGUCAAGCUGCGUCUGGACGGGAACGCCCUGGGGGCGCUGCCGGACGCGGUCUUCGCCCCCUUGGGCAACUUGCUCUACCUACAUCUAGAGUCCAACCGGAUCCGCUUUCUGGGCAAGAACGCCUUCGCCCAGCUCGGCAAGCUGCGCUUUCUCAACCUCUCUGCGAACGAGUUGCAGCCCUCCCUACGCCACGCGGCCACAUUCGCACCGCUGCGCUCCCUCUCCACCCUCAUCCUCUCCAACAACAGCCUGCAGCACCUCGGGCCACGCGUCUUCCAGCACCUGCCGCGCCUCGGCCUGCUCUCACUUAGGGGAAACCAGCUCACACACCUGGCGCCGGAGGCCUUUUGGGGGCUGGAGGGCCUGCGUGAGCUGCGCCUGGAGAGCAAUCGGCUGAGCCAGCUGCCCGUUGCGCUGCUGGAACCUCUGCACAGCCUGGAGGCGCUGGACCUGAGUGGCAACGAGCUCUCCGCUCUGCACCCAAACAUCUUCGGCCACUUGGGCCGCCUGCGCGAACUCAGCUUGCGCGACAACGCGCUCAGCGCCCUCUCUGGGGACAUCUUCGCCGCCAGCCCGGCCCUCUACCGGCUGGACCUAGACGGCAACGGCUGGACCUGCGACUGCCGGCUGCGGGGCCUGAAGCGCUGGAUGGGCGACUGGCACUCUCAGGGCCGGCUUCUCACCGUCUUUGUGCAGUGUCGCCACCCCCCGGCCCUGCGGGGCAAGUACCUGGAUUACCUGGACGAGCAACAGCUGCAGAACGGGUCUUGCGCGGAUGCCUUGCCCUCGGUCUCUCCGACCGACGACGGCAAGCGGCGGCCCUUACCUACAGUCACGGGGGAGAAGAUGGCGCCCCCUGCAGGUGGCCUCGCGGACGAGCUGCCGCCGCAACCGCAGCCCCAGCAGCGGGGACGAUUCCUGCCCGGAGUGCCCUGGGAUGGGACGGCCAGGGAGCUCUGGGGCAACCGGAGCGCCCUGAAGCUGAGCCGAUGGGGUCCAGGCCUCCAGCAGCCAGUCCCCUCCGCCGCUGCUGUGGCGGGCGCGGCUCCACAUCCCCUGGACCUGCUCGAGAAGCCCGAGCGGGGACGUCCGACGCCGGCCUACCCUGCCCACGCGGGGCCCACCCCGACCUCCGCCCCCGCCUCUGCGCCGCUGACCGCUGGCGACCUCUGGCAGCGCGCGGCGAAGCAGGUCCUAGCCGCGCAGCAGCAGGAGAGCGCCGCCCAGUCCGACAGCGGGGUCGGCCUGCCGCCGCUGGUGUCCGACCCGUGUGACUUCAACAAGUUCAUCCUGUGCAACCUGACGGUGGAGGCUGUGGGCGCCGACAGCGCCUCGGUGCGCUGGGCAGUGCGGGAGCACCGCAGCCCCCGGCCGCUGGGUGGCGCGCGCUUCCGCCUGCUCUUCGACCGCUUUGGCCAGCAGCCGAAAUUCCACCGCUUCGUCUACCUGCCGGAGCGCAGCGAUUCGGCCACGCUGCGCGAGCUGCGUGGAGACACCCCCUAUCUGGUGUGUGUGGAGGGCGUGCUGGGGGGCAGGGUCUGCCCGGUGGCUCCCCGGGACCACUGCGCCGGGCUGGUCACCCUGCCGGAGCCUGGGAGCCGGAGCAGCAUCGACUACCAGCUGCUCACCUUGGCCCUGCUGGCCGUCAACGCGCUGCUAGUGCUUCUGGCUUUGGCGGCCUGGGCAUCACGCUGGCUGCGGAGGAAGCUGCGGGCCAGGCGAAAGGGAGGGGCGCCUGUCCACGUCCGCCACAUGUACUCCACGCGACGGCCCCUGCGCUCCAUGGGCACCGGCGUGUCUGCCGACUUCUCUGGAUUCCAGUCGCACAGGCCGCGCACCACCGUGUGCGCGCUCAGCGAGGCAGACCUCAUCGAGUUCCCCUGUGACCGCUUCAUGGACAGCGGGGGCAGUGGGGCUGGUGGCAGCUUGAGGCGGGAGGACCAUCUCCUGCAGCGAUUCGCCGACUAGAUCCAGGGGUGUAGAGACCAUCUAAUUGGCUUUGAGGGGCCGCUUCUCCGUGGGGCCCCCUCGACUCACCUCAGGGGAAGAUCUCAUGUUAUCAGACCAUCUCCUUUCGCCCUGUCGUGCUCUUGGCUAGAGAGGUCAAAGGGGACAGCCAGCCUAUUCGGUG